AUGGAUACCAGCUACCUGUCCCAGCAGCUCUUUGCAGCUUUAUCCGAUGCGCUGCAGAACCAAGUCCGGCUGGUCGCGGCCGAGAAGAAGGACCUGGUCGAUGAGGCGAACAAGUUAAUCCAUGCCAUUCGGCUUAUGAAGUCGUCUCUCGAGGAUAAUAGGCUGCGCCGGCGCGACGAUGACCCGGACCUCCAGGUUACCUAUCCCCUGAAUAGGUGCCUGAAAUUCCUUCGGGAGAAACAUGCGCAAAUCAGAGACGUGUAUCGAGAGCGCUUCGAGGAGGUCAGAAAGGUGGCCGAGACCCUUGAGUCGUACUCGUCACAUCUCGAACCGGGCUUUGUCAAGCUGAAGCUCCCACCCACAGCCCCGAAUCAGUCAAUUCCCUUGAACUUCGAUCUCUCAGAAAACUAUGUCAACCAGCUGGAUGCAGAGUUUGCUCGCGUCUAUGAGGAGUACACUCGCCGCUGCGAGACGGUCAGAGAGGUCGCUACCAACAUCAUUGACCUUUGGGCAGAGCUGGGUAUACCACAAUCGCAAACCGACCCUGCUAUCCUCAAGUUCUACCGUGACUCGCCUGAGCAACUGGGGCUGCUUGAGUCCGACAUCGCCCGCUUGUGCUCAAAGAGGGAUAAACUGGUGGAAGAAAAGAAGAACCGCGAAAGGCGGCUCCAAACCCUCAAGAGCCAGGUUGAGGCUCUCUGGGAGAAGCUUGAGGUUGAUGAGGAAGAGCGCAAGGCGUUCCUCAACAACAACCGUGGUUGUGGUCUGCGGCAGAUAAACGAGUUCGAGGAUGAGCUUGCUAGGCUUAAUGAGCUCAAGCGGCAGAAUCUCCAUAUCUUUGUCGAGGACGCUCGGACGAAACUGCAGGAGCUCUGGGAUGCCUUAUUCUUCUCGGAGGAUGAGAUGCUCGAGUUUACCCCAGCUUUCUCGGAUGUCUACAGCGACGCGCUUCUUGAGGCACAUGAGCGCGAAAUCGAGCGCUUGGAGCAUUUGAAGGAACAACGCGCCCCGUGUCUGAGCCUGAUCGAGAAGCACAAGGGUCUGCUUCGCGAUAAGGAAGAGUUGGAAGCCGCCAGCCAGGAUGCUUCGCGCCUGAUGUCACGCGGGCAGAAGGGCGAAAAGCGCGACCCAGGCAAGCUUCUGCGUGAAGAGAAGAUGCGCAAGCGAAUUGCAAAGGAACUCCCCAAGGUCACUGCCGAGCUGCGCAAGGUGCUAGAGCAGUGGGAGGACGAGUACGGGCGGCCCUUCCUGGUCCAUGGCGAACGGUACCUUGAUAUUCUGGAAGCCGAAGAGCCUAAGCCGGGUCCUGGGCCAAGAUCGAGGACUCCUGGUCCGAACCAGACUCCUGGCGCCGGUUCUAAAACUCCGUCGGCGGCAGCGAGCGGCCUGAACAGGGCCAAGAGUGUCGGUCACAUCACAGGUAACAAGCAGCAGCCCAUCACAAAACCAGCGGGAGCCAAGACGCCCAUCGCUUCAGCGACAUCUUCGGUCAGGUCGACACAAGGACUCCCCUUCCGGACGACGAUCGCUAACAAGCAGGGCAGCCCGACGCGCCUCCCUGCCCGGGUCCCACUUUCGAACCUCAAGCACGGCAACAACUCUCCCGAGCGCCCUCGGCCCGAGUCCCGGGGCACCGACACGGGUAGCAUCCGGUCGGUCAACGGACUUCUGCGGGCUGUCGGCGCAGCCCCUCCCAAGAUGCGCGAGCUCCUGCCCGCUCCUGAUCUGGAUGCCCCGGUUAACCAUUAUCGUACUGUUCUGGGCGCUAGCAUUGUCCGCCAGGUUGAGCCUGAGGAUCCGUAUGGUGGCGACACUGAUCGGUACUCGCUGCAGGAAAACUCGCGGCCCGAGUCCAACGCGAGCUACUACCAUCAUGCUCCCUCGUCGUUUUCUGCCAGCACCAGGCCCAGGGCCCAGACAGUAGGCGCGACAGAGUCAUCCGCAUCAUCCACCUCCUCGGGCUCAAGCAGACAGAUGUCGAACAUUUCCAGCUCUUCGACUGUUGUUACGGGCUCGGAGAACUGGGAAACGUAUGACGACGAUUCGGCUCCUGAGCCGGAUGCGUCGGACAUGUAUUUCGCUAAGCUGAGAGCAGCGCGGAGGAAUCAGCAUCAACAGAUCAUCAUGGUGAAGCAGCGUGGACGGGGCAUCCCCCCGCCUGCUCAGGCUCAGGCACAGGCUGGUGCUGCCGGUGGGCCGGAUGGGAGCAAAUCCGGGGGAUCGGAGUGGACAGAUGAAGACGCGCUUUGA